AUGUAUCCAUACUGGGCAACAGCGAAUCGACCACCCUACGGCCACACUCAGGCGGCAAACCCAUAUCAGACUCCCAACCAGAACCAAAGUCAAAGUGGCAACAGCUCCAGUGCCAAUCAGACUUCCGAAGCCCAGUCUUCCUGGCAGCCCUACGGUCAACAACCAAGCUAUUCAAGUCCUUUUGGACAAACACAACGACCAGCUUCGACUGCUGGAUCAGGAUCUGGAUAUGAUCAAUUAAGAUACACUUCUUCUAAUCCAUAUUCUACUCCUUCGUAUCCUUCCACAGCCAUUUAUAGUAAUCCAUACAGCUACGGAUCUAAUGUCUCCACAGGAUACUACAACCAAUUACCUGCUUCCCCUACACCGGCCAAUAACUACCCAUCAUCUUCUUCCUUUUCCUUAUUCCCCAAACCCAGCGAAAAUGCCACAAAUACAAACUCCAAUUUGAAGACGGGGAUAGCAGCUUCGGGAACAUGGUGA